AUCCAUGCAUUCGAAAGUAGUCCAACAAUGGGCUCGGGGGUCGAAAUUGAGCCCGCUUUCGGGUAUUUACAUCCACCACCUGCGCACGAUAGCCUGGCUCCUCAAUCUCUCUAUUGUUCAGUUUCUGGCUCAUUCCUCGUUUGCCCUACAAGAGCUUUAUCUUCCUUUUCUUCCCCCAAACACAAUCCCCAAUUCGCCGUCAAAAUAGGAUCUCCACGCUCUGAUUUAUCAAUUUUCUCAACGCUCCUUCUCGGAUUCGCUAAAUCGAUACAGAUCCGGAACCGAUUCGCUUUGCUCUAUAUAAAUCGACGCUCCUUUUCGCAUUUGCGUUCAAAUUUCACUUGAUUCGCUACAUCAAUACAGGAAUUCUGCUGUUUCGUGUUCACUGAGGUAUCUGGUCAACUGAUCCAAGCAGCUAUGCGGGGAUAUGAAGGAGAUGAAUAUGAUGAUUAUUUGGAUGAAUACGAGGAUGAAGGUGAAGAGGAAGAGGCUGGUGAAGAGGAAUAUGAGGAGGAAGAGCCUCAACAGCCUUCACAGGAGUUGUUAGAGUACCUUGAGCUGAGGCAACGGUUAAAAGAAGAUAUCAGGAAGCAGAGAAAGAAAGAACUAGGCGGUGGUUCUCGCGAAAUUAAAGAGAAUGCUUCAUCCAGAGAUAAUUUUGGUUCCUUCUUUGGACCUUCACAGCCUGUUAUCUCCCAAAGAGUAAUCCAAGAAAGCAAGUCACUACUGGAGAAUCCAAAUCUGGCAGCGAAAGUCAUGAAGUCUAGCCAUCCUAGCAAUAAGAGCUCUGCUUCAAAACCUGCAGUAUCAAAAACUUCCGCCAGCAACCAUGCACCAAAUCCAAAAGUCACAAAUGGGUUAAAAAGAAAGAUCGAUAUGGUAAAAAAUACAAGGGACUAUUCAUUUCUAUUAUCUGAUGAUGCUGAACUUCCUGGUCCAUCCAAAGGUCCUUUAACACAGAAAGUCUCUGCCCCUAAUUAUGAUGCACGGUUGGCUCAACGUCCGAGUGGCAAGCAGUCUUCAAGUAAUACUGGGAGAAAGCUUCUAGAUGAUCGUGAGGUGAAAAGAGGCAGCCAAAUGCAACCUAAAGCUGCGAUUCAGAAAUCGGUGUCUAUUAAUAGACCGACUCAACCAUCAUUAGACUCUAGGAAACAGUUCAGUAGCAGUAAUGGAAGUGGGCCUGGGCGGCCUUUGGGGCCCAAAGGGGUUCCCACCAAGGUUACAGGGAAUCCAAAUGAUAAGAAAUUUUUGGCACCAGGCGCUAAGAGUAAUGUGGCUGCUUUACAUAGGCCAACCCCUUCGAAGAUGCAACCCUCUGUACCAAGGCAAUCUUCGGUACAGAAUAGGGUUCCUUUGGAAUCUGGAAAGUCAAAAGUGAUUCCAAAACAAGGUGUGCCCGUCUCCAGACCUCAGGGAGUGAUUCAGAAACAACCAGUCUCCUCGUCUAGACCUCAGAUAAAGCCACCACCUCCUAGAAAUAUAGCUCGUCCCUUGGAGGAUAGGCGCCCAGCGCUUCAGCAAAAAGAAGAGAGACGUCCAGCACUUCAGCAGAGAGAUGACAGGCGACCAGCACUUCAGCGAAAAGAAGAGAGGCGCCCAGCUCUUCAGCAAAGAGAUGACAGGCGUCCAGCACCUAUUCGAAAAGAUGAUAGGCGCCCAGCAAGAAAACCAAUGAGACAUGAUGAAGAAGAAGAUGGAGCCGAAGCCAUUAGUUUGAUUAGGAAGAUGUUUGGGUAUAAUCCUAACAGGUAUCGCGAUGAAGAUGAUGAUAGUGAUAUGGAGGCUAAUUUUGAUGAGAUAUUAAAGGAAGAAAGGCGGAGUGCGAAAAUAGCAAGGAAAGAGGAUGAAGAAGAACUUCGAAAGAUAGAAGAAGAAGAAAGGAGGGAGAGAUUGAGAAAACAGGCAAAGAAGCGCAAGUUGAGCCAUCAAUGACAGUAGAAAUUGUUUUUAAAGGUUUAUAACUUUUUUGCUAUUUAGGGCAGGACGGUGAGCUGGGGGUGGAUAUUGUACAGUCUCCGCUUAAUUUUUGAAUUAAUGUUGUAUUUAUUGUUUUAUUUCUGGGGCUUAUUGUCCCCCCAGUUAUUAAAAAAAUCUUAUACUUGCAGCAUUUUUACUGA